AUGUUUUCAACAUUUUCUAAAAUAUACAAACAUUCAACGAAACUCAAACCAUUCAUUUCUAAAACACACACCUUUAAAAAAUUUUAUCAACAACCGAAUGCCCAAAAUAAAGAAUUGAUAUUAUCUGUACUAAAUUCCACUGCCACUAAAAGAGAGGCUAAGGAUUAUUUGAAAAAGUGUUCCGCAGAUAACAAAAAAAAUGCUUGUAUUAUAAUUUUAAAAGAUUUAUUACUUCAACCUGAUUAUGUUCUAGAUGGAUUUUCUUCCACUAUAAAAAAUCUGAAAAUGCUAGGUAUUAAUCCGAUUUUUGUUAUUUCUGAGCAUGGUGCUAAAGAAACUAGUUCUUCUGCUGCCAAUUUAUUAGAUAGAAUUUGUCAUAAUAAAGAAUUAAAAACUUGUUUUUGUCCUGAUUUGAUAACUAGAAAAAAAAGUUUUGAAUAUAGGUUAAGUUACCCGUUAUAUAAUGAAAUAUUAAAGCAUGGGAUCAUCCCAAUUUUAGAACCAUACAUUUUCGAUGAAAUAAAUAGCAAAAGAAACUUAACGACCUCAUUUCCUGAUUACAUCAAAGAAUUGAUUAGCUUAUUAAACCAAGACAUGAUAUCAGUUGAAAAAAUAUUUAUUUUGAAUGAGCAUGGUGGGCUUCCUUCUGCAGAAAGAUCCAAUUAUGCACACGUCUUUGUCAACUUAUUUAACGAAUACAACCCUAUUUUAAAACAACUAGAAACAGAAAAAAAAAUUUUGGAAAAUAAUUUAAAAAACAAGGAUAACCAGCCUUUAAUAAUUAAAAUACAAAACACGAUUAAUAAAACUAGAAUAACCAAUUCUUUGGACGUUUACAAUUCUCAUAUUGAGAAUUUGAAGAUUAUGAAUGAGGGUUUACAAAAUCUGCCAUUAAGUGUAACAGGUGUCAUAACCACGAUCAGUGCAUCUUCCCAGGAACAGGCUAAAAAUCCAUUAUUACAUAAUAUUUUAACUGAUCGUUCAUUAAUCUCAUGCUCUCUACCUGUCUUUAAAAAAGAACAAAAUACAGACCUAACAAACAAUUGGUAUGAAUUACCCCUACAGCAUAAGACUAUCGAUCCUAGAUUAUCCUCUUUUUUUGAAACUACAGUUUUGAAGAAAGGUAUUAACAUUAGAACUUUUGCCCAUAGUAAAUUAACUCAAUACAAUAGCAUUGGAUUGCCUGAAAAGUUUUGGGUCAAGGAAAAGGGGCAACCAAAAGAAACUGGUAAUAAGUUAGAUUUAUAUAAAUUUACAAAAAUUAUUAACUCCAGUUUCCAAAAAAAUUUGGAUUUAACACACUAUUUAAAUAGAAUCGACGGUAAUAUUGCAGCGAUAAUAGUUGUCGGUGAUUAUGAAGGUAUUGCUAUUCUAACCUACGAACCUACCACCGGACACAAAAAUUCAAAUGUUAAACCUUUUGUUUACUUGGAUAAAUUUGCUGUCAUGCCACAUUUAAAAGGUUCCUUGGGUAUAUCUGAUAUUAUCUUCAAUGAAAUGUUUAAGAGGUUCCCAAAUGAACUAUUAUGGAGAAGUAGAAGGGAUAAUGUUGUGAAUAAAUGGUAUUUCCAACGUAGUUGUGGUGUAGUUGAUUUAUCUGUAGACUUAGAUAACAACGGUGAUAUCAAAAAAGAUAAUAUUUUUAAACUAUUUUAUUAUGGUACCAAUGGUGGAUUUGAGGAUCCAAAAAGGUUACAAGAAUACGCUCAAUAUAUUAGAGAUAUUGAGCCUAGUUGGGAAAAAUAA